AUGCCGCUCCCACGGUGUCGACCAGGCUUCUCGGACCACAUCUUCAAGUCGGCCGCAGGUGUACAACUUCCCCUGCGCGUUUGGCCUCCAGCAAAGCUCAAAGGCGCCGCUGCCACCAACGGCGGCAGCCUUGAGGGCAAGGGAGCUCCGUGGCUGCUCUGGAUACACGGUGGCGGAUACACUUGCGGCAAAUGGACCGUACCAACGGGCUGGGUCUCGAGCGCCUUCGGGGACCGCGGGUACGGCGUCGUAUCUGUCGGGUAUCGUCUGCAGCCGCAGGCGUCGAUGCUCGAUAUGAUCCAGGACUGUGUUGACGCGGCGGCAUGGUGUCGCAAUCACGUUGCACCGCUGGGACUAGAUCCCGAGCGGUGGGCGGUGGGCGGCGCAAGCUCGGGCGCAACGCUUGCCGCCAUGGUUGCGCUGCACGCUGAGCACAAGCCCCGCGCCUUUGUCAACGUUUACGGGCUCACUGACACCGAACACUAUCUGGACGAUGAGGCGUCGCGGGCUCCACCUCCAGAUGACUACGUCGUGUCAAACGACGAGGAGCUCGCUGAUCUCGUACAGGACUGGGACGCGAGCAACGCAGUCGUGCAGAACCCGUGGGCCGGGGAGAUGCCACCAAACGUGCCGCUCGAGGAGGCACGCGCCGCCUUUGGGCUACCGGACUGGGAGCCGACGCGAGCCCAGUUCGUGCGCUCCGACCUUUACUCGUACGUGGCCAAGAAUCGCAACCUCAUGGAGAUCGUGUACCGCCGCAGCAAGUUUGGAGAAGACGCAGCGUUUCGCGAGCAUGUCCGAUCUCACUCGCCCUACCAGAUUCUGCAGAAGCGGAAGACGUUCCCACCCACAUUCUUCAUGCACGGCACCGGGGACGACAUCGUUCCCGUGGUACAGAGCUGGAAGUUUGCGGAGCGUCUCGUCGAGAUGGAUGUCGACAUCGCCGAGGUGUAUGACGAGGGCAAGGGACACGUCUACGACUUUGGGUUCGAGAACCCAGAAGAUGAAGGGUGGAAGAAGAACGUUGAGCCGUGCAUGGCGUUUGUCGAGCGUCACCUGAAGUAGUGCAUUUGAGAGACGAGAUCGUUCAGAAGUCCUUCGUAACCGGGGCCAGGGUCAAUCUUGGUCCUCACGCUGCAGCAAGUUUGAAACUGGU